UAAAUCCCACAAUUCCCAACCAAAUUCAGUUGCAAAAUGAAUCGUCCGGAGCUGGACUACUAUGCGGUGCUCGAUGUGCCGCGCAGUGCCACCAAGCAGCAGAUUACGCUCGCCUAUCGCCGCCUCGCCAUACGUCUGUGUCCACACAGGGACAAGAAGGAUGCGCAGGACUUUGUGCCGCUCGCCCAGGAGGGACGACUGACCCAUCUGUCGCCCAUGGCAGAGACCAAGCAGUGGGCGUACGUCAACAUGGCCUUUGAUGUGCUGGGCAACGAUUUGCAUCGCGCCAUUUACGAUCGCUACGGCGAGGCGGGUCUCUUUGAGGGCGUGAUGCUGCCCAAUGGCUACUUUCCGCCCUAUCAAUAUCACGGCGAGCACAUGAAGGUCUACGAGAGCGUCUUUGGCAGCUACUCACCGUACGCGAAUGUCAUCGAUGCCAUCACCAAUCCGCCCAGUCUGUAUACCAGCAAGUAUCUGGGCGUUGGCGUGCGCAGCAAGGAUGCGGAUACGGAGAAGAUUAUUCAGCUGUCCCUGGAGGAGGUGCGCUCGGGCUGUGUGAAGCUGAUGCACGUGUGGCGCCAGGAGAUUGUCGAUGCCAAGGAGUCGCGCCUGGAGAAGCGCAAGCACACGCUGAAGCUGACCAUCGCGCCGGGCACCACGGCUGGCACGCGCUUUUGCUUCAAGGAGGAGGGCGAUCGCUAUCCCGCCACCAUUCCCGGCGAUAUUAUCUUCAUAGCCGCCGACAAGCCGCACCCAGAGUUUGAGCGCCGAAACCUCCAUGAUCUUGUCUAUCGCUAUGACAUUGACUUAAGCCAGGCCCUGACUGGCUUUAUUUUCUUCAUCUCAACGCUGGACAAGCGCCAGCUGAAGAUUGUCAUCACGGAUGUCGUUCAGCCGGGCUACCGCAAGGUGAUUCCACUGGAGGGCCUGCCCAAGUGCCGCAAUCUGGAUGCAGUGACUGCCAUCAAAGAAGCCAACAAGGAAGUUGACCAAUUCGGAGAUCUCAUAAUUGAGUUUAAUUAUAUUUUCCCCACUUAUUUGACGCCCACAAUGAAGAGCAUGACGCGCGAGUUCUUCCGUGAGUUCCACAAUUUGGAAAUGGAGCUACAGGAGGAGGAAGCGAAGAACAUGUUGUAGGAAGAUUGAGAUGUGCCCUGCCCAUGCCCUGU